AAAAUAGCUGACAAAAUGAGUGUUGUGCAGGAAGCUCGUGGAAUGGGAGCUGGUCGUAAGCUUAGAACCCACCGUAGGAGGCAAAGGUGGGCUGACAAGGCAUAUAAGAAGUCCAAUCUGGGAAAUGAAUGGAAGAAACCAUUUGCUGGAUCUUCACAUGCCAAAGGCAUAGUUCUUGAGAAAAUUGGCAUUGAAGCUAAGCAGCCUAACUCUGCUAUCCGAAAAUGCGCUCGUGUUCAGCUGAUCAAGAAUGGAAAGAAAAUUGCUGCUUUUGUACCCAAUGAUGGUUGCUUAAACUAUAUCGAGGAAAAUGAUGAGGUUUUGAUUGCAGGAUUUGGACGAAAAGGGCAUGCUGUGGGAGAUAUUCCCGGAGUCAGGUUCAAGGUUGUUAAGGUAUCUGGUGUGUCUCUUCUUGCUCUUUUCAAAGAGAAGAAGGAGAAGCCAAGGUCUUAGGAUUACUGGAAGAGUUUAGCUUUUAUCAUGCUUUACUUGAUUUUUAUUUUCAUGAAAAUGGUAGUGCUUCGAAUUUUGUGAACAAAUUUUCAUUUAUCAAUUCAAAAACUGCCCUUGUUUGUUCCAAAAGGGAAAUUUUGUUUAGUUGAGUGUUAUUGUAUUGUUGACUUACA